GUUACCCUAGCGAUAAUGGGAGCCAAAUGAAGACGUUUGAGAGUUUGACAGCUGCCACGAUCUUCAUCAGCAGUGGAGGAAAUAUCGCAUUCGGAUUCUAGCACAUGCAAGCAAGUUGCUCACAGGCUGUGCUCGCUUCUGCGACUGACAUGGCAUUGAUCCACACGGCGCCCAAACUCACCCUGGCCCCAAUCACGGAGGACAGUCCGAUAGGUACUUGAGCACCAUGACGCUGUGGAGUCUCCCGCUCACAGGACAAUUCGGCUUCACAGCUCCGAAGCCUAAUUUUGAAAGAUGAGGACUGGAACGAUGAGCUGUCUCUGACAACAACCGGAAGUAUUCAUCCCUAUUUACAAAUGCCCAUGAGUCGUGAAACAACAUGUCCGAACGAAGCCGCGACAAGGCCGAUCCAGCACCACGAAAGCGAGCGCUCGUCAGUUGCGACCGAUGCAAAGUCCGGAGAGCACGAUGUAUUCGAGACAACCCAGACGAACCAUGUGCGGACUGCAAGAUGAGUGGGGUGUUGUGCGAGUCCAAGCUUCCCCGGAAGCAACGUGUUUAUGGGAGCGUGGAGACUCUGAGCCUUCGAUACCGAGCAUUGGAGUCCCUAGUUAAAGGACUUUUCCCUCACGACAAUGUCCAGGACGUCAACGUAUUGUUCAAGCUGGCGGCAGAGCGGAACAUUCCAAUGCCAGCAAGCGACGAUUACAGACCGGCAAAUAUCUUUAGCAGUCCUACUCAACCAGGACCUUCGCAGGAGACACAGCGACCCCUUUCGACACCACACUCCGGGCAGUCGAUAAUCUCGCCACAUGCUACGGAGUCCACUUCCACAACCUCUCCUAUCUCUACAACAAGAGAGAUACGCCACAAUCCCUUUUCAGAAGUACAGCAAGCAGGGCGCAUCCAUGAAGAACUGAUCCCAACGCGGCAUGGAGUGCCGCACUACUUCGGCCCGUCCAGCAGCUUCCGUCUUGCCACGACCAUUCGAGUGUUGGUAGCACGGUGGAGGGCUGCCGGCGGGAACGUACCAACACUCCGGGGAUCUGCGUCUGAUGCCACCAGCAGAGAAUCAGACCCUUCUUUACAGCGAGCCAGCACAUACCCCUCGGACGAAGAGUACACGAUUGGCGGGUCUGGAGGCACGGAAUCGCCGCUCCUUAGUCGUAAAAGUCGCAAGCGAUCGAGAACGCAGAUGGAAAUGACAGAUGACGUACAGAAAACACUCAGCGAACCUACUGUAGACACCAUUGGGGACUUACUGCCAUCCAGGUCACUUGCAGACGCGCUCGUGUCGGCCUACUUCGACCACGUUCACAUCUAUCUCCCGUUGUUUCACAGGAGCAUGUUCCAAUUCCAUUUAGAAGCCACGUACUCAAAGAGAUCAGAGCUGAUCAAAGACUCUACAGAAAUAUGUUGGCUCGUAUGUCUGUGCCUGGUCUUUUCGUUUGGCUGUCAGCAACUGCAGGAGCACGACCCGGAGCGGUCACAGGAACUACGCGUGAAAUACCUCAACUUUGUCAAGUCCUACUUUCGACACCUGCUCAUAACAACUUCGAUCGUCAACGUCCAGGCUUUAGUACUGCUCAAUGUUCAUCACCACACUAUUGGCCAAGUUAGCAGCUCUUGGCUACUAAUCGGGCUGGCUACACGCAUGGCGAUAACAAUGGGUCUGCAUCGUGAUGCUACAAACGUGGGAUUUGAUCCGAUCGAGCGAAACACGCGCAGGCAGGUGUGGUGGUCCAUCUACGCCUUUGAGCGAAUACUCUGCAGCAUCCUCGGUCGACCCACCGCCAUUGAUGACCGAGAGAUGGCAAUGAGGAUACCAGACGCUCCUAUGAUCGAGCAAAAGAGCAUGUCUGCAAACUUUCUGGACUAUUCUUACAAAUUAAUACGAAUGUCGUAUACGAUUCGUCAACGAGCAUAUUUUGACUCCAGUACUUCCGAAGAAAGAUCCCCUUCACUGGCCCUGGCCGAGUCCUUGAUGCGGGAAUGCAACACCAUUAUACAAGCAAUCCCGCCGGAGCUAUCGUUGAGCUACGUGCCGACGUUGCCACCAGAACAGAAGGCCAGAGUCCUUCUUUGCCACGUGUAUUAUUACUACACCCGGUGCAUAGUAUCGCGAGACUUCUUAGUCAAAAAAGCCGAGAGAAACAUAGCCUAUCUUCAAGAUAAGCAGAUACACUACUCGGAAGAGUAUUCAAGAACACUCGCGUUGAGCGAAGACUGUGUGGAGUCAGCUCAUCAAAGCCUAAGGUGCAUCAUGGAAGGCGCUGGCUUGAAAAUGAUCGGCUACUCCUGGCUUGAUCUGUUCUUCGUCUUUCACUCGGUCCUAAUCGUAUGCGCCGACUUCGUCGCUCGUCCAAAGAAUCAACAGGAUACCGCGAAGGACAUUGAGCGGAAGGAAAUGGUGCGUGCCAUGCUGAGAUAUAUCCGCGGAAUGAAGCUUGCUGCCACAUACAAGAUUCUUGGCAGGAUCGCGACACAGUUUGCGACUUUAACAGGCAUAGCCGAGGAACACGAUUCAUCGGUGGACGCAUUCUCAGCGGGAUUUGAAGUCGUUGAAGACCAGACAAUGCUUGGUUCCGUUGAGACAGCGCCUGAAAUAUCGGAUGUGCAGGAAGACUGGUUCUCAAAUGCGGCAUCUAAUCUAGGCCUAGAUUUUUUCGACUUGCAGGAGACGCAACCGCUGCAAGCAGAACACUCAGCAUACCCUGAGAUGUACGGAGCACAGCCAAGCACCAGCGAAGUGGAUGAUUGGACAGCUCGAACACUGAGAGGGAUGCAUGCGCUCUAAACGAGUGAUAUGCGUCAAACGAAACGAACAACUCACAUUAUGUGGCUACACGUUGUGCUCCUUGUUGUGACGCUGUGAUGGUGGUAAUUGAGCUUGAGAUGACGUCAUACAAACUGUAUAGUUUAGUGCUGUUAAAGUCGCACUUACUGUCUGU